UGGCGAGGCGCCGGCCGUACUUCCCGUCGGGGACAGAGUGUAAUAUGGCGAAGACCUACGAUUACCUGUUCAAGCUGCUGCUCAUCGGGGACUCGGGGGUGGGGAAGACCUGUGUCCUGUUCCGCUUCUCCGAGGACGCCUUCAACUCCACGUUCAUCUCCACCAUAGGAAUUGACUUUAAAAUUAGGACCAUAGAGCUGGAUGGCAAGAGGAUUAAGCUACAGAUAUGGGACACAGCUGGCCAGGAGCGGUUUCGGACGAUCACGACAGCCUACUACAGGGGCGCCAUGGGCAUCAUGCUGGUCUACGACAUUACUAAUGAGAAGUCCUUCGACAACAUCCGGAAUUGGAUUCGGAACAUUGAGGAGCAUGCCUCUGCGGAUGUGGAGAAGAUGAUCCUGGGCAAUAAGUGUGAUGUGAACGACAAGAGACAGGUGUCCAAGGAGCGGGGAGAGAAGCUGGCACUCGACUAUGGGAUCAAGUUCAUGGAGACCAGUGCGAAGGCCAACAUCAACGUGGAGAAUGCAUUUUUCACUCUCGCCAGGGAUAUCAAAGCAAAAAUGGACAAAAAAUUGGAAGGGAACAGCCCCCAGGGGAGCAGCCAUGGGGUCAAGAUCACAGUGGAGCAGCAGAAGAGGACCAGCUUCUUCCGGUGCAGUCUCCUGUGAAGACGAGCGCUGCCCAUCCUGAGCCUGGCUCAGCCCAGCUGACUGUGUCUGCCCCGGGCAAGCCUCCACCUCAGCUGCUCGGAUACGGCCUCCCGGACACAAUUGAGAAAUUGAUUAUUUUAGUAACCAUCUGAUCUUUUCCACCUUCAGAGAUGGAACGAGUUAGAAUUUUGCUGUUUUUCCUGUGUCAUCUGCCAGUCAGGCCUAUCCGUCCCCUUGUCGCAUUGCCACAGAUGGAGAAGUUGGGUGGGGGCAUGGCAGCUGCCAUCUCCAGCCUUCUGUCCCUGUCCCUCCACUACAGAAGUGAGGCCAGUGGCACUGUCCAGGCUGCCUGGCCCCGUGCUCUGAGCACUGUCACCAGGGCCACUGAGGGCAAAGCCUGACCCCCGCCUUCACCUGCUCUCAGUUUUGGACAAGUGACAACGAACCAUGCCCACCAUCUCCUUACGUGUCAAACCAAAGGGAAGCAUAAACUAAGGAAAACCCACACAGAGGAUUUUGGAAGAAGUGGACAGCUCUCAUGGCCAGCGCAGGAUGGGAGCCUGCAGUCAGCACUGAGGGGACAUUGUACCCACAGCAGGUGACCCCCAUACCACCGCCACUCACCCACGACCCACUGUCAUUGGGCCACCUGCCUCAGUGGCACCAAAACCGCUUCCCUGCUCUUCUCAUCCUCUGGCUGGCUCUACUCGGACGUUCCUUUUCUAGCUAAGAUGAUUUUUUAUUUUUCCAGAUUCCUAACACCAUGAAAUGAUUCUGUCUUUGAUUUUCUAGCAGCAUACCCGGGAUAUGGGGAACCAGCGUGACUGCCCUGCCCCCAUAGGGGCACCUGGUCCCUGAGACCCGGACAGGCAUUCCGUGGCACAGCGCCACCCUGCAGUCUUUACCCGGUUGUGUUCUGACAGCUCUGUCCUCCUGGAGAGACUGAUUGGGACAAGAUGACCUGGUGGGAGGGGUGUCGUCUGGGAGUACCUUUCUUUCUACUCUAACCCUUCCCAAGCUGC